UAACACCCAGCGCUAUAUAAUGACACAGUAGUGACACUGGCACAUGGGUAUAGCCAGAGGAGGGCUGGUUAUAGGAUCAGUGGUAUAUGCAUCAGUAUAAUAACACCAAACACUUAAAAUAAUGUUUUUAAUUUCAAAUGUACAUUGGUGUCCUUCACUAAGGACUGUACUUUGGAAAAUGUCCGCCACAGCCUUUGUCUGUGCCUAUCCCUGCUAUAGAUCACUUUUUUUCUAUAUAUUUUUCUAUUUUUUAUUAAAAAAUUCUGUAGUGUAUCACUCCUGAGGGUGAGCCAUCCCACUACCUUCUCCCCACUCCGUUGCUGGAUCACCCACCUGCCUUCCGGAUUCCCUCCCACACCUCUCGACGGCAAAAGCAGAUGAUCGUUGUAGACAGUGACUCAUACAGUGUCACCAUCUGUAACGUUCUGGCAUCUGUCCUCAUAUGGAACCGAUCACGCUUCGGUUCCAUAUGCGGGCAAAUGCCUGGAGCUCAGGAACUCCAGCUCUCGGCUGCAACUUAACAGCCGAGACUACUGGGGCUUCCUGCAGCUCCGACAUGUAUAUAUGUCAUGGGGUACGAUAGGCAAAGUACCGAAUGAUGUUUAUAUACGUUAUAUUGGGUUAAGGGGUCAAUAUUCUUUUAACGUGUUAGGAAUGCACGGCUAAUUCAUUUGUAUUUUCUGUUUUUAUAGUUUGAUCAUCCUUUGCUUAGGAAAGCUUGACUGAUGAUGGACGACAUACAAAGGAUAACAGAGAAUGUAGUUAAACAUGCGCUUGACAUUCUCUUUCUAAUAACUGGAGAGCAUUAUAUUGUAAUGAAGAUAAAUACCGCUGCUGUGGAUCCUCAGGAUAAAGUGCUUCCUUAUGGGAGACAAGAUAAAAAGAAAGAACUGUCCACCAGGAUUGUGAACCACGCCUCUAAUAUCAUUCAACUUAUGAAUGGAGAGGUGCCGUUAAAAUAUGACAGUUUUGCAGUUUAUUUCUCUGCUGAAGAAUGGGAAUAUCUACAGGAGCACAGAGACCAAUACAAGGACAUUAUGGAGAACAGUCAGACCCCAAACACACCAGAAUCCAAAAGACAAACAAAAGACGUUGUCAGCGAAGAUUGUGAUGUACUGGAGAUGAAAGAUGGAGCAGUUUUUGACAAAAAUGAAACCCAAGUAGAAACAUCUCAUAUUGCCCACCGGUUUGCUGACUCCUCAACAGGACAGAUGGAAACCUCUCACAUUACUGUGUUAUUAACUGAACCAAACGAAACAUUGUCCGCUGUUUUUUCGCAGGAUAAUUGUUUAAUCGAAUAUGAAAACAAGUACACACCAGAUUACUUGAAAUACCAUGUCAAUAAAUCCCUGGAACCUUCUGAAAACGAAACCAAUAUCUUCCUACAUGGUCAAAAUAAUUACAUACAGUCUCAACAGGAGACUGACGCUAGUGAGAUUGACUUGCGUUUAAAUAAUGUAGAAGAAUUAGUGGAAAGUGUAUCCAGUGAUCAUGAUGAUAAUCAUUAUAAAAGCAGUAAUCAAGAAAAAAUAAACUUAUGUUCUAUGUGUGGAAAAAGCUUCAGUUCAAAACAAUAUCUUCUCAUACACGAGAGAUUGCAUUCUGGUGGAAAACCCUUUGUUUUCAAAUAUCGUGAAAAAAAGCAUCCUACGAAUGUACCCGAAGAACUUUGUAUUUGCUCUGACUGUGGUGCAACCUUUGAGAACUAUUCAGAACUGGUUAUUCACAAAAAGAUCCAUUCUGAACCAAUGUCUUUUAUUUGCAAGGAAUGUGGUAAAUCUUACUAUAAUAUCAUUUCUUUCCAACGUCAUCGUCAGGACCAUAAAUACAAGAAACCGUUUACAUGUACCCAAUGCGGUAAAACCUAUCGUUACAAAGAAAAACUUAUUUUGCACCUGCAAUCUCAUGCAGAAAAACCUGUCUACUUUUGUAAUAAAUGUGGGAAGACUUUCACCAAUGUAGAAAAUUUAACAAGCCACCAAAAAAGCCACGAGUUGAAGAAAAUGCUUGUUUGUUCACAGUGUGGGAGAGCGUUCACACACAAAUCGGCGUUUAAUCAGCACAUAAGAUCACACACGCGAAAACCCCAGGAAUAUGUGCAAAGCUGCAAAAUCGGGGGGAGGGGCAGAGGUAGGGGGAGAGGGAGAGUCAGCACAAACGGCGAAAUAGCACCAGCGCUGCAGGUAACGCAUCCAUAUUCCAUAACGGAGCAUAUAGCAGCACCAAAUUAACCAUCAAACUCUUCCUAUUCUACCCCAGAUUAUCAAAAAAUGUAUAAAACGUAUGUUCCAGUUUAUUGAUAAGUUGGUAAUGUUGUUACAAUGCUACCUUCAAAAGACCAGGAAUUAAAAGAAUAAUAGGAAUUAAAGGGACAUUGUGCUUUUUGUCUCGCCUUUAAAGGGACAUUGUACUCUAAAAUAUUUUGUUUCAUUGUAAUAAAAUAAAAACAGUAA